AUGCUAGUUCUUCUUUUUUUAUUAACAACUUCGACUGUGAUUGCCAAUAAUGUGAUACAUAUCCAAUACUUUCGGAGACCCGAGGAAUAUGGAGUUUUCCAUUUUCAUUUUGGAAAUGGAACUAAAGGUUGGGAGAGCUUCAUUUACAUGAACAAGUCUGUCAAUCUUCGAGAAGAGGAAAUCUACAAAAUCGUAAAACCAUUUUUUGAAGAAGCUCCUUCCACUCGCAGAUAUGAGUCAUCGUCUAUCACCAGACAUCUAGGAAAACAAUUCGAAUACGUUUUGAAUCGAUAUCCAGUUCAUGAGAUUAUUUUUGAAAACCUCUGCAGUCAAAUGAAGCCCAAGUUCUCGGCUCUCCUAACUUCCAUUCCCUCCCAAACCCCUCAAAAAAUCAAAUGGAUCAUCGAACAUCCAUCUGCAUUCUUCCUCGUCCCUUACGGAUUUACAAAACGUGUUGGAAGAGAGGAAUAUCGAUUGGAAAUCAAAGGAAGAGCUUCUCUGGAUGAGGAUAACUUUGAUUACGAUGCUUUGCAAAAUACCCAGAAACUCAUCAUCAAGAAUGAGUCGCACAUGAAAAAUGGGGUCACCGGGGAGCACUUGCUGAAAAUUAAGGCUCCAGAAGUUCUGAUAGAAGGAUGGAAUGCAGUGACUUCAGAUGAUUUGAAUCAGUUUGCCAAGGAAUGGCUCAAUGGAGAUCGAGAGAUCAAAAAAUGGAUUGUGCACCUGGCUGAUAAGCCUCAGGCUGAGCAACUAUAUUUUGAGAAAAAUGAGACUACUCUUGACAUUCUUUUGAAAAACAAUCGUUUCGAAAUGACGACGUACAAAACUCCGGAGGAUCGAAAAUAUCAAUUCAGUACUGUACGGGAAGAUUCUGGCUCAGGAAGCCAAAACCAGCAUAAAUUCUUUCCAUGA